AUGGAAGGAUUCUCAUCAGAAGUGAAUAUAUACAGUAUUAAGUUGAAGAAUGUAACGGAAGUCACCAUGUUUAUAUUGACAGGCUUCACAGGUGAUUUUAAGUUGCAAGUCUUUCUAUUUUUUCUAUUUCUUGCAAUCUAUCUUUUUACUCUGGUGGGAAAUUUAGGACUGGUUGUAUUGGUCAUUAAGGAUUCCAAGCUCCACAAUCCCAUGUACUAUUUUCUGAGUGUUUUGUCAGUCUUGGAUGCCUGCUAUUGUACAGUUACCACUCCAAAAAUGUUGGUUAAUUUCUUGUCAGAUAAUAAAUCCAUUUCAUUAUCUGGAUGUGCAGCACAGAUGCUUUUCUUAGUAACUUUUGGAACCACAGAAUGCUUUCUCUUGGCUGCAAUGGCCUAUGAUCGCUAUGUAGCUGUCUACAACCCACUUCUGUAUUCAGUGAGCAUGUCACCCAGAGUCUGCGUGCCUCUCAUGGUUGCUUCCUAUGUCGGUGGCAUUUUACAUGCUACUAUACAUACAGUGGCCACAUUCAGCCUGUCCUUCUGUGGAUCCAAUGAAAUUAGUCACAUCUUCUGUGAUAUCCCUCCUCUCCUCGCUAUUUCUUGUUCUGACACUCACACAAACCAGCUGCUACUCUUCUACUUUGUUGGCUCCAUUGAGAUAGUCACUAUCCUGAUUGUCCUGGUCUCCUGUUUCAUUCUGUUGGCCAUUCUGAAGAUGCACUCUGCUGAUGGGAGACAAAAAGUAUUCUCUACAUGUGGUUCUCACCUAACUGGAGUGUCAAUUUAUCAUGGGACAAUCCUCUUUUUGUAUGUGAGACCGAGUUCCAGCUACACUUUGGAGCAAAACAUGAUAGUGUCAAUAUUUUACUCCAUUUUGAUUCCCAUGCUGAAUCCCAUCAUCUACAGUCUGAGGAAGAAAGAUGUCAAAGAGGCAAUGAGAAGAAGGUUAAAGAGACAUUGGUUUAUAAGUAAAGUGUAUUUUCAGCAUUGA